AUAGCAGCUAAUGGCUAGUCCUAAGUAGCAUUGUCUUCCUUUCUAGACAGGGCAUGUGGUCUCUCCUUUUUGUGUUGUUAUUUUUAAGCCAGAAUGAGGGUAAGUUUUCAGUGUUUCCUUCCUAGAAUUGAGGCAUCCUUUGGACUAGGAAUGCAAAGUGGCCUGGGAAGGGAGAAGGUAUCUGUGCUGGUUCUCUUACCUUCAGAAAACCCCCAAACUCUUUAGCUUGGCACACAGGGUCUUUCUGAUCUGGCUCCAUCCGACCGACCUUUCUAGCUCCAUCGUCUGUCCUUUCAUCUUCUAGGCAGGAUAGGCCCUUCCAGCGACUUUUGGCUCUUAUUCAUGCUGUUCUCUCUGCUUGGAAUGCCUUCCCUGACUGCCUUACUUUGUGUUUUCUGCUAGAAAGAGACUGACCCAACUUUGGGUCCUAGUUCAGGCAAGUGUACAGUAUACUGUGGCGUACAUUUUGGGUAAGAUUCUUACUCCUAGCUUCUUAUAUUUUUAACCCUAAUUUUAAAUUCACCCAUAUUUUCUUUUUUACUUGCUUUUUGUGUUGUUACAAUACUUUAUUUGAAAAGCUUUUUAAUGUCCUUUUGAGUAUAUAAUUGGGGAUAAAUAAAUAUGCUUAUGUCUGACAACUUAGUUCAAAUGUCAACUUCCUCACCCCAAGUUAACUGCUUUGUUCUUCUCUAGCUCUUUAGUGAUAUUUCUGUAAAAGCACUUAACAGUAUAAUUUCUCAGUUUACAUGUCUGUCUUCUUCCAGCUAAACUGUGCUUCUCCAGGGUGGGUACCAUGUUGCACUCAUCUUUGUACCCCCAGCAUCUAGCGAUGUUGGCAUGUAGUAGGCACUCAAGAAAAAUGUGUUGAAUGAACGAUGCCUGUGACAAGCAACUGGACUUUAUUUUUCCUGACCCUUGCUCCUAUGACACACCUCCUCCUGGCUGCCACUAUCACUCCUUCAGAGCAGAUCUGUAGAGAAGCUGGAAGGGAAACAGCUAUGGCCAAGGACAUCCUGGGUGAAGCAGGGCUGCACUUUGAUGAGCUGAACAAGCUGCGGGUUUUGGACCCAGAGGUUACCCAGCAGACCAUUGAGCUCAAGGAAGAGUGCAAGGACUUUGUGGACAAAAUUGGCCAAUUUCAGAAAAUAGUUGGUGGUUUAAUUGAGCUUGUUGACCAACUUGCAAAAGAAGCAGAAAAUGAGAAGAUGAAGGCCAUUGGUGCUCGGAAUUUGCUCAAAUCUAUAGCAAAGCAGAGAGAAGCCCAACAGCAGCAACUCCAAGCACUAAUAGCAGAAAAGAAAAUGCAGCUGGAAAGAAAUGAACUGAAAAUUUCAUUAUUUAGCAGGAGGGCAAAAAACCCUCUGUGCCAUUCCAGUGACUUUGACUAAUGACCCACGUAUAUCAUGUGAGAUGGUGUGUGAGAGAUGCACCAUCUCUGAAGGCAAUAAAACAAAUCUGGGGGGCUUAUUUCAGAUGCCGGUGCAUAUCUGGUGAACACCCAGUGACCGCGGUGGCCCAGGUUCUCACCUCUUGCAUUCUUGGUCUGAAAAAAGCAGUCUGUCAACUU